AUGCCGCGCCCUGACCUGGCCUCUAUCGAUGUCAACUACCGCCGCAUCCCAGUCAUGGCGAUCGGAAGGGAUGUCUACUGCGACUCGCGCCUGAUAAUCGCGAAGCUUGAAUCGCUUUAUCCAAAUAGCGCAUUGACGCCGCGUACACCCACUGAAGUGGGCAUUCGCAAGCUCCUUGAAAACUGGACCAUUGAAGGCGGAGUCUUUUGGAAUGCGGUUAAGAUGAUGCCGUACUGGACGCCAAACGGCUUAAUACAGGACAAAGCCUUCUUGGAUGACAGAGAACGGCUUACUGGUCGUCGUAUGACAACGAAACAUAUGGAGGCCAAUCGCCCAGACAGGCUCCAGCACCUACGCCAAGCCUUCGAUAUCUUAGAGACUACAUUCCUCGCAGAUGGGAGGAAAUGGAUACUGGGGGGUGACGAACCAACGCUCGCGGACAUCGACGCGGGGUCAUUGUCUGAGGAAUUCGUGAGCGAGAGGGAGUUGCCUAUGACCUUCGCAUGGGUGCGUAGGUUCAAGGACGAAGUCGAGAGGAAGAAAACUCUAAGUCCGAAGCCGACGAGGCUUGAGCGAGACGCAAUGUGCGACCGGGUGAUGAACACUUCUGCCCAACCAGAACCGGUGGAAAUCAUCCAAGGGGAUCCAUUGUGCCUCAAGCCUGGAGAUAAAGUCGAAACCUUUGCCUCGGACUACGGAUCAGCUCACAAAGACUGCGGGGCUAUUAUUGGGCUGGCUCUGACCGAGGUCGUUAUCCGCAAUUCGUAG